AAGGCGCGGAUAUCGCACUAUCCGUGCAUAAGAUUGCGGGAGUAAUGUCGAUUGCAAGGGUGUGAACCUUUCAAAAAAAGAAGGGUUCAAUGUUCCUGUCCGAUAAUUAAAUAUUCCCAGUCAAACAAAUUUUAGUGGGUUUCUUUAGAUUUCCUGCAAAUAUCCACCACCACCUCGCUCUUUUUCACCCCUUUCACCUUUUCUAUCUUAGGAUCUUAGGUCAACCUCUCUCUCGUGUCGAAAGGGUUGUCGCCGUCCUUUAAUUCGACCUCCUCCCCCUUCCAUUCCUUCUUCUGGUGGAUCUCGGGAUAUAUUGGGCGCUUCUCCCACGACUACCUUACACAGAAGAUCUCGGCGCAAUAUACCCUAUACCAGAAGCAGCCCGGCACAAUUCCUGCUGACGGUCACCAUGGCUGCGAAUGCGACGAGUUUCACGUCGCCCUUGGCCGACUUGCCGCUCGGGCCCUUGCCUCCCCAAGUUGACUACAUGGUCAACACUAUCGCGAAUGCGAGCGUUAUGACAUGGUUGUUUACCCUCAUUGCCGUAGCUGUCGCGUACGACCAGAUCAGCUAUUUCGUACAAAAGGGUUCUAUCGUUGGACCGGCCUUCAAGCUGCCGUUCAUGGGCCCUUUCCUAGAGUCUCUCAAUCCCAAAUUUGAAGAAUAUAAGGCCAAGUGGUACAGCGGCCCCCUGAGCUGUGUCUCCGUCUUCCACAAGUUCGUUGUUAUCGCUUCCACUCGCGACUUAUCUCGCAAAGUCUUCAACUCGCCGACGUACGUGAAGCCGUGCGUUGUUGAUAUUGCCACGAAAAUCCUCGGAGAGGAUAGCUGGGUAUUCCUAGACGGAAAGGCCCACGUCGACUAUCGCAAAGGCCUGAAUGGCCUCUUUACCCGACGAGCUCUCGAAAGCUACUUGCCCGGCCAGGAAGCUGUUUACAAGGCGUAUUUUGCUAGAUUUCUCAGGUUGACGAAAGAGGCUGGAGGAAAGCCCAUCCCGUUUAUGCAUGAGUUCCGUGAGCUCAUGUGUACCGUCUCGCUUCGAACUUUUGCUGGAUACUACAUGCCCGACUCUGCCUGCAAGAAGAUUGCCGAUGACUACUACCUGGUUACCGCUGCUCUCGAUCUUGUCAACUUCCCGAUCAUCAUUCCCUACACCCGAACCUGGUACGGCAAGCGAGCUGCGACUAUGGUCAUGGAUGAGCUUGCCAAAUGCGCUGCUAAAUCAAAGGUUCGCAUGGCUGCCGGUGGUGAUGUCACCUGCAUCAUGGAUGCUUGGAUCAAGGAUAUUCUUGCCUCCAAGAAAUGGACAGAAGCUACCGAAAAGGGUCUUUCAACCGAAGGCAUGGUGAAGCCGUCACCCCUGUUGCGUGAUUUCAGCGAUAUGGAAAUUGCCCGAACUCUCUUCACGUUCCUCUUCGCUUCCCAAGACGCUACCUCGAGUGCAGCCACCAAUAUGUUCCAGGUCCUGGCCAACCGACCCGAUGUUCUAGACCGCGUCCGUGAGGAGAACUACCGCGUGCGAAACGGCGACAUUCAUGCCCCUGUAAAUCUGGAUCAGCUUGAGUCGAUGACAUACACUCGCGCAGUCGUCAGGGAGCUUCUCCGAUGGCGUCCUCCUGUCAUCAUGGUGCCCUACAAGGCCAAGAAGGCUUUCCCCGUUACCGAGAACUAUACCGUCCCCAAGGGUGCCAUGAUCAUCCCAACUACAUACGUAGCUCUUCGCGAUCCCGAAGUGUACGAGAACCCUGACGAGUUCGAUCCUGAACGAUACUAUACCGGUGACGCUGAGGAGAAGGGCGCCAAGAACUAUCUCGUUUUCGGAACGGGACCUCACUACUGUCUCGGUCAGCACUAUGCUCAACUCAACUUGGCCCUUAUGAUCGGAAAGGCCUCGGUUGAGCUCGACUGGAAACACCACGCAACGCCUGACUCAGAUGAGAUCAAGGUGUUUGCCACCAUCUUCCCCAAGGAUGAUUGCCCUCUAACAUUUGAGGAGAGAAAAUGGUAAUGUCCUUAAUUAAGAAUGACAUUAGCAUGAAAAAGCUGAAGAAGGGCCAGGGGCCGUGUAACGAAAGGAACGAAAGUAGAAUAUAGUAAUAGUAAUACAGGUCUUGUAUAUAAGCUAUGGCUGGGGACG